GUCACUUCCGACGUCAGCCUCCGACGCUUCCUUCACGUGCCGACAACAUGGCGGCUCCCAUAGAGAUUCAUCUGGAGUUUGGAGGAGGAGCAGAGCUGCUUUUUAAUGGCAUCAAGGAACACCAUGUGACUCUUCCAAGCCAAUCAGAACCUUGGGACAUGAAGCAGCUGCUGGUUUGGAUCCAGAGGAACCUCCUGAAGGAACGACCCGAACUAUUCGUCCAGGGAGACUCUGUGAGGCCUGGGAUUCUGGUGCUUAUCAAUGAUGCAGACUGGGAGCUAAUGGGCGAGCUGGAAUAUCAGCUGCAAGACCGAGACAACGUUGUGUUUAUUUCUACUCUGCAUGGAGGAUAAAAGAAGGAGCGCAUAUCUGCAACAGUUCCAGCCUUUUUCCUCCAUAUCCUCUGCACUCUUUGCUCCCCCCCCGCCUCCUCCACGUCCCAGUAACACGUGACCCCAUUGGAUGCUGUGGAUGUGUCAUCCCACGCUCAGACCACUGAUGCUGGUCCACAGGAAUGAGUGGAAAUUCAGAGAUGGUCACCAUGGCAAACGUGGAAGCUGUGAGAUGGGAAUCCUGCAGACAAUUUUCUGUUUUUUUUUUUUUUGUUUUUUUUUUAAUCAAACUGGUUUAAGCUGCUGUUGUACUCAGCAGCUCACUGGUGCAAGUGUAAAUACCUGCAGUCAGUAAUCCUACCUUCCUCUGCUGCCAUCUUUCCAACAUGAGACAAAAAUGAUCCUAUUUUGAGUUUUUUUCACCAGAAAUACAAGAAAACUCUUUACCCUUCCAUUAGCAUUUAUUACACAUCUAAUAAAUUGUUUAUAACUCACACUGUUGUUAUUGUGAGUAGAUAUAAGGAAAUUUUAAGUGUUUAUUAAUAUGACAACAAUUAAAACUCAUAUGUAGACAUGUUUAGUAUGAUUACAGAUGUGUUGUUUAUCUGUUUACACAGAAACAACCAGAUGCUUCACAGAUUUAGCUGUAAUUAAUAAAUAUGUUGAUAAACACGUUAAAAUAUCUGUUUAUCUCCUUACAGGUGACUGUUUAGUGUGUUGCAAACCAUUUAUUAAAUGCUAAUAGUUUACUUUUAAGUGCUUUUGUGUAACUGACGUUUUUUUAUUUUAUUUUUUGUUUUUGUUUUGCUUCUUUGUUUUCCUCAAAUGGAAAUAAAUAGAAUCUUUCUCUACCAUAA